UCAGCAUAUCCUUUAUGCCCCUUUCCAUGUGCCAUCGUCUUCGCGGCUCCCGUUGCCAUUUUUAAACGCCAAGAAAAAGCUCACUCCUCCUCAACAACUCCUUCAAAAUUCGUUUUUUAAUCUAUUUUCUUAAUUAUUUAAACGAAAUAAAAAAUGGGUUCAUCUCAGAUCUUUUCUUCAUUAGAUUCCUAGCAUUUCUGGGUGUUCUCGGCUUCUCUCUCUUCGUUUUCUCAAUCACCAUGGAUGUUCCCGCAACUAGCGUCGCAACAGACGAAUCUCAGAAGAAUGAUUAUUCGGUGUGGGCGGCUCCGCCGGUGGAUGUGAUACCGAGAAUCAAGAAAUUGAUGGAGGGUCUACGAUCCGAGUUCGGCGGGCCCCAGUUGGAGCCGCAUAUGACUGUUGUUGGGUUGGUCAGUCUGACGAAGGAUGAUGCGUUGGCCAAGUUUAAAGCAGCUUGCGAUGGGCUCAAGACUUAUAAUUGUAGUGUGGAUUCGUGGGCCACUGGACUUUAUGUGGUGGAAGCUAGUGCAAAGUCCAGUAGCACUUUUGGGUUCAAGUCCUCUACACCUUACAUGCCGCAUAUAAGCCUGCUUUAUGGGGACCUGACAGAUGAAGAGAAGAAAAAGGCUCAAGAAAAAGCUUACUUUCUUGAUGAGAGCAUCGACCAACUAAGCUUCCCAAUUACUCGCCUUCAAUUGUGGAAAACACCCGCUUCGGAUAACACUCUCACAUCUUGGGAGAAGAUUGCUGAAUACAAUCUCAGCCCCAAUUAACUUUUCUUCAACUCCUUAAUUGAAAUAACUUGCAGCAAGAUCCACCAUACUGGUGAUCUUCUUCAGGUUGUUGCAUACAGUCUAUUAAUAGAACUCUCCAUGCUGUCUGCUUCCUGUAAUAAAUGGCAAAUGCAGCUUAUAAUGUACUUAUCUGGUUAUCUAAUGUACGCAUAUAUCAUUAAAUAA